AGUUUAACAUAAUGGCGGCCGAGGAGAGCGGUUCGGUUACCUCCGCCGGGAUGGUGGGAGCCGUUGGCGGAGUUGAGUCGGAGCACUAUCCCACCUUAUGUCGGGACAAGGAGCUGGGGUCGCAGGGCCCCUUCCUGCUGGACUCUGGCGGGGACAGCCCAGGCGCUGGCGGUCCGGCCCUGUGCUCGGCGUUGGGGCUCCUGGCGCUAGGUUCGGGGCCUGCCCCUCUGGUGUCCAGAGGCGCCGCGUCAGCAAUUGUACAGGGGCCGGAGGUGUCUGGAGGGUUGCUGCUCCCACCCAAACCCAGCACUGUCGCCUUUCCCCCGCUGCCGCCGCCGCCGCCACCUUCCUUGGCGGGGGGGCUGGGGACCAUGGACGAAGGCGACUCGUUGGAUGGACCUGAGUAUGAAGAGGAGGAGGUGGCCAUCCCGCUCAACGCUCCCCCCACAAACCAGUGGUAUCAUGGAAAACUUGACAGAGCAAUUGCAGAAGAACGUCUUUGGCUAGCGGGAAAACCUGGAAGUUACCUUAUUCGAGAGAGUGAUCGGAGACCAGGUUCAUUUGUGCUUUCAUUCCUUAGUAAAACAAGUGUCAAUCACUUCAGGUGGCGCUGUUGGGUCACUGGAGGUGUAGAACUUGUCGUGUCCUAUUGUAGUCACCAGGUGGCGCUGUUGGAUCACUGGAGGAGCAGAACUUGUAAUGUCCAGUGCCUGUCACCAGGCGGCACUGAGAGAUCCUUGGUUACCGCCAGGAUUAUUGCCAUGUGUGGAGAUUAUUACAUUGGUGGACGUCGCUUUGCUUCACUCUCGGACCUAAUUGGUUAUUACAGUCAUGUGUCUUGUUUGCUGAAGGGGGAAAAACUAUUCUUUCCAGUAGCACCUCCAGAGCCUGUGGAGGAUAGAAGGAGAGUUCGAGCGAUUCUACCUUACACCAAAGUGCCAGAAACUGAUGAAAUAAGUUUCCUUAAAGGAGAUAUGUUUAUUGUCCAUAAUGAAUUGGAAGAUGGCUGGAUGUGGGUUACAAACCUACGGACAGAUGAACAAGGUCUUAUUGUAGAAGACCUAGUAGAAGAAGUGGGAAGAGAAGAAGAUCCACAUGAAGGCAAAAUAUGGUUCCAUGGGAAGAUCUCCAAACAAGAAGCUUACAAUUUGCUGAUGACAGUUGGUCAGAUGUGCAGUUUUCUUGUGAGGCCUUCAGAUAAUACACCUGGUGAUUACUCACUUUAUUUUCGGACCAGUGAAAAUAUUCAACGUUUUAAAAUAUGUCCAACAUCAAGCAAUCAGUUUAUGAUGGGAGGCAGAUAUUAUAAUAGCAUUGCUGAGAUCAUUGAACAUUAUAGAAAAGAACAGAUUGUUGAAGGAUAUUACCUUAAAGAUCCUGUUCCAAUGCAGCAUCAAGAACAAGUGUUUAAUGAUACAGUGGAUGGAAAAGAAAUCUAUAAUACAAUUCGUCACAAAACAAAGGAUACUUUUUAUAAAAAUAUUGUCAAAAAAGGAUAUCUUCUGAAAAAAAGUAAAGGAAAGAGAUGGAAAAACUUGUACUUUAUAUUGGAGGGAAAUGAUGCCCAGCUUAUUUAUUUUGAAAGUGAAAAACGAGCCACAAAACCUAAAGGAUUAAUAGACCUUAGUGUGUGUUCAGUCUACGGAGUACACGACAGUUUAUUUGGCAGGCCAAACUGUUUUCAGAUAGUAGUUCAGCACUUCAGUGAAGAGCAUUACAUCUUUUACUUUGCAGGAGAAACUCCGGAACAAGUACAGGACUGGAUGAAGGCUCUGCAGAUGUUUUGCAGUUUAAGAAAAAACAGUCCAGGGAUGUCAAAUAAACGCCUACGUCAGGUCAGCAGUCUUAUUUUGCAUGUAGAAGAAGCUCAUACGCUCCCAGUAAAACAUUUUACUAAUCCGUAUUGUAACAUCUACCUGAACAGUGUCCAGGUAGCAAAAACACAUAUCAGGGAAGGACAGAACCCUGUAUGGUCAGAAGAAUUUGUCUUUGACGAUCUUUCAUCUGAUAUUAAUAGAUUUGAGAUAAGUCUUAGUAACAAAACAAAGAAAAGUAAAGAUCCAGAUAUAUUGUUUAUGCGUUGCCAAUUAAGCCGAUUACAGAAAGGACAUGCAACGGAUGAGUGGUUUCAACUCAGUUCCCAUAUACCACUGAAGGGUAUUGAGCCAGGAUCUUUGCGUGUUCGAGCAAGAUAUUCUAUGGAGAAGAUCAUGCCGGAAGAAGAGUACAGUGAGUUUAAAGAGCUCAUUCUCCAAAAAGAGAUGCAUGUAGUCUAUGCCUUAUCACAUGUUUGUGGACAGGAUAGAACACUGUUGGCUGGCAUUUUACUGAAGAUUUUUCUUCAUGAAAAGCUUGAGUCACUACUGUUACGAACACUAAAUGACAGGGAAAUAAGCAUGGAAGAUGAAGCUACUACUUUGUUUCGUGCCACCACUUUAGCAAGUACACUUAUGGAGCAAUAUAUGAAAGCCACAGCAACACGUUUUGUUCACCAUGCACUAAAAGACAGUAUAUUAAAGAUAAUGGAGAGCAAGCAGUCCUGUGAGUUAAAUCCUUCAAAGUUAGAAAAAAAUGAAGAUGUAAACACUAAUUUGGCACAUCUACUCAGUAUACUUUCAGAACUGGUGGAGAAAAUAUUCAUGGCUGCAGAGAUACUGCCUCCGACACUGAGAUAUAUUUAUGGAUGCUUGCAGAAGUCUGUUCAAAACAAGUGGCCAACUAAUACCACAAUGAGAACAAGAGUUGUUAGUGGCUUUGUUUUUCUUCGACUGAUUUGUCCUGCUAUCCUGAACCCAAGGAUGUUUAACAUCAUCUCAGAUUCUCCUUCCCCUACUGCUGCAAGAACUCUGACCCUGGUUGCCAAGUCUGUGCAGAAUUUAGCAAAUCUGGUUGAAUUUGGAGCUAAGGAGCCAUAUAUGGAGGGGGUAAAUCCAUUCAUCAAGAGUAACAAACAUCGCAUGAUCAUGUUCUUAGAUGAACUUGGGAAUGUUCCUGAGCUUCCAGACACUACAGAGAACUCUAGAACUGACUUGUCUCGUUAUCUGGCAGCCUUGCAUGAGAUGUGUGUGGCACAUUCAGAUGAACUUCGCAUACUCAGCAAUGAGAGAGGUGUAAUGCAGCUGCAUGGUGGAAGAUGACCACUGCGGUGGAAAGGUUUCUCCCUCCUCCCCGCUCCUGCCAUUAGGGCAAUAUGGCUGCAUGGUCGGAAGAGACAGCUCAGGUUCUGGUAUGUUUCGCUCGCAAGAUGGUGGCACCUGUACUGAUGCACGUGAUUGGAAGUCAUCAGUAGCACGAGGGGGUAAGUUUGCUGGGUUCUUCCCCCCCAUGCCACGGUGGGAAUCUAUGUUUUACCCCUGGGUGUUGGAUUCGCAAACCAUGGUUCCCGUCCCUUCCCUGGUAACCGUGUGUGCAUGAAAACCGGGAUUUUCACCAUUUCUUAUUGUACAUACCCUCCGUUCCCUCCCACGUGGCUCCCCUCCCAAGUUUGUAUCUGUCCGCGAUGCUCGUGUGGCCCCUGCACCCUCAUGGGUGUUUCUGAGUGGUGGCAAUUGGCUGUGAGUUGCAGCCUGGUUUGAGUUUGCAGGGGAAUGUGUGUUGGUAUUUGUUGAGGGGAUUCUGUCACCUCUGUGCAGUGUAAAAAGCAUUCAUCAUUUGAGUCCAGGCAGGAAGGCAGUUAUUGGCUUGUGUGUCACCUGCUCUAGCUUUGUGUCUUAUGAAGUCUCUGAGCCUGUCCCAAGUGUUUAUAUUUAAGACUUCUAUGAGCAACAGGCAGGGUGCUUUGGAUUUUAUCCAUUGCAGAAGGUCUGUUAGUUCUGCUUGUAUGAUCUCUAUGGAAUAUGAUCUUAACAAGAGAUACAGAGCUUCUGUGUCUCUUUCUAUCUCUUGGGAGACUGAAUUUCCCAUGUUUCUUUACCUUUUUCUUGACGCUUUGCUUCUGUGUGCUUCCUUUCACUGCCGUUUUUUUGCUUGCGGCUUGUCAGUUUUAGUUUCAGUUUCUCGGUUUCUUACUGCCUCCGCUUCCUUGCAGCUUCACUUUUUGCUGCGGUUUCCUCUGCUUUUCUUUCUCUUGGCACAUGAACUGUCAAUUUUUUCAGGCUCGGAUAAUUUUGCAUCCUUUAGAUGCUGAAGUCCUGACACUUUUAAAGACGUCCACCGUUUUUUUAGGUAAAAGCAUUCAGAGAAUUGAUACAAUCUCUUCUGAGUGCUACUGAAUUUCCUUGUUUCAAGGCAUUUUAAAUUGUUCCCUGAUACAGGGAGAUGCCCUGUACUCGGGCACCAUUUGUGACUUAUUAAUGUAAUAUAAUAAGACACGACCCGGCAGUUAGGGUUCCCAACAACCAAAUGUUUUAUUAACAGAAAAAAGCCCUCUUAAAUACCCUCGGGCAACACGUGACACUUCUGACCAAUCACAGUGGGCUCACUCUGACCAUGUGUGUCAGAGUACAACACAGGAGACUACCGAUCCCAGGAUGCCUCACCCAGCAUCCCUGGGACAUGUCUCCUACAUACAAUGGUCCCUGAAUUUCAACGAAUUAUGCUGAUUCUCUAAUAAAGAUCUAAACCAUACUUGUAAUAGAAGGGUUAACUUUGUUCAUAAAAUCUUAUGUGGAUGAGGGAAUAAGGAAUUUUUGUUAUAAUUCAACAAGAUAAGUUUCAUGGACAUCCUGUUAAUCAAGCAAGCGUCAGUAAGAAUAAUUGCAGACAUCUUGCUAAAAAAACAAGUAUCAGUAUCAGUAAAAUUUACAACUGAUAAGAAACUGCACCUUUCAUCUCUGACAAAUACCAGAUGACCACUUAACAAUGAGCCACGAACUCAAGCCUCAACUCAGCCGCAUUCAAAACUCGGGACUUGGAAAUGUAUAAAAAGGAACAUUUAUUAUAUUUUGUGUGUGUCUCGGCAGGGCACUUGCCCUCCAGGCCACCCAGUGCUGUUUUGCUUUAUUAUCGCUUACUUAAUAAAUUUAUUAAUGUUUAAUUAGAA